AUGGUCUCCGUAUCUGAUCACUCAUUCCAUAUGCUAUCGCGACACAUGGGAAACGAAAACGAAAACGACUUUGCUCUCUUCCCCGAAGCAAAUAUGUAUUCCCAGCAAUUUUCAUACCAUGGCAUGCCGAGCUUCCACAUUGAACACGACGCUUCCUAUGCAUACCCGAGAACACAAGAUUUAUAUCCUACUAGCACUGGCUUCGAUUCCACAACAAUGUAUAGCGAAAUUCCUCAAAAUUUCAUUGGUUCACCAGAGCUUAGAGGAGCCGCGCCUUCAAAUUACUCCACAGCAAGUGGACCUUCUGCGACAUCCUCGACCAUUGGCUCACCAAAUUCAAAUAACGGCCACAUAGUGUCAGUAUCGGAUUGGGGUUCUGGACUCGGCAUUAAUCCAAGUAUCGUGAAUUACGAUAACUUUGGUCAAGGAACCGACUACAACUUUUCUGCAGGUAUGGAAGACUUUACUGUAGAUUUCAAUACUGCCAAACCAGGCUUUGUUGGUGAGUGUGAAAAUAUUUCUAGAUCUACACCUCGUCAGUGCAGUUCCAUCACUUCAUCUCAUUUGGACCCUUUUUCUUCUUCCUCUCCUAUUCAUACCAUUCAUACUCCAAUGAAUCCAUCGAGAGCUAUUGCUUCGCCAAUUACACCUGUCAGUGCAAUUCGAAAGAGUUCUAGAGAAGAAUGUUUAAAAUCUCCUCGUGUUUCUGCACUUUCAGUCUCUCCUGUGUCUUGUCGAUCAUCCUCAAGUUUCAAUGCGCCUUGUUUCCCAUCUCCAACCAGCGCUAGUCGCAGUCAGGGGGUGAGACUAUCUCCCGUCACUACUUCAAUGGCGCAAACAUUUACUUCGGAACCGACAUAUUCUUAUGCUUCAUAUCAACAAUCUCCUUUCUUUUCUCAAUCUAGCGGCAAUUCUGUUGCUCCUCUUGAAUCUUCUUACCCAUCUAUUCUACAUGCACCAUUCUCUGCUACUCGCCCAUCAUCAGUACUUGGACAAGCCGAGUUAUCUCCAUAUCAAGCACCAAUGUAUCCUACGUCUCCAUCACCAUCUCAACUCUCAUCGAGGAGUCCUGGACCUGCCAAGGCCGAUAGCGCCAGUCCUUACUUGAGCUCUCAAUAUUAUCCAUACCCACCACCAAUGGUCAGACGGCCAUCUUUGACUAUCUCCCACCAAUCAUAUGGUUCUCAAGAUGGUAAAUUCGGCGGUGAAGAAAUAAAAGAAAAAGGUCGUUGCACUUGGCCUGAAUGUGGGAAGGUCUUCAAAGAUCUUAAAGCCCACAUGUUAACACAUCAGAAUGAGCGUCCAGAAAAGUGUCCCAUACAAACAUGUGACUACCACGUCAAGGGCUUUGCUCGAAAAUACGAUAAAAACCGUCACACAUUGACCCAUUACAAAGGGACAAUGGUAUGUGGUUUCUGCCCAGGUUCCGGAUCGGCGGCAGAAAAAUCCUUUAAUCGUGCUGAUGUAUUCAAGAGACAUCUUACUUCAGUGCAUGCGGUGGAGCAAACUCCACCCAACAGUCGGAAGAAGACUUCCGCCAACAUCAACAGUGGAAAGAAACUCUCUGGAUAUGCACCAGAUGCUACCGGAAAGUGCUCUACUUGUUCGGCCACCUUUAGCAAUGCCCAAGACUUCUAUGAACAUCUCGAUGACUGUGUUCUUCGCAUUGUUCAACAAGAGGAGCCAUCAGAGGCGAUAAACGCUCGCCGUCUUGCAGAGGUUGAACAAGAUCACGACGUUCACGAGACUCUCCGCAACAACGCCCUCCCAGUUACCACCAAUUUCUAUCCAACCGCCGAAGACGAUGACGAGGAAGUCGACGAUGAAAACGACGACGAUUACUCCAUCCGCGCCCGUAUAUCCCGAAAAGGUCGUCAAAACCGAAAUCCUCCCAACGGUGUCCACAAGUCCAGAGGUAUGACACACUCUAAAGGUGGCGUCACUUUAAAUACCAAGGGCCGCAAGAAGCGCAAGGACUAUCCUUCAUCAUGGGGAUGUCCUACUUCUCAAAUGAAGAUGAAGAAGCGCGUUCUCACCGUCUUUGAUGGGCCCCGUCGUCUCUGGAAAGACGACAUGAUGCUUGAUACCGAUUAUGAGGUACGCAUCAAGCUCGGUGAUGAAAAAGUUUAUGUGACCGAUCUUGAUGUGCAAACCAUGAGGAGAGCGGAGGCAUUCCACAAUGCCACUGAAGAGGAGAAGGGCCUUUGGAUCGCGGACGAUCUGACGGGGAUGGAUUUGGAGAAGUUGAUGGAGGUUAAGAGGGAGAUAUAG